AUGUCGGGCGCAGAUGAGCGUUCACUCAAACGCUUCAAUGGCGAAGAAGAUGACCCGGGACGACAGCUGCGCAGAUGGCGUGCAUGGGCCGAAGCUAAGAUGUACACCAUGGACAAAUUGACAAACAAGCAGCAAGGCCCCUUCUUGUACACCCUUCUCGACGGAAAAGCGUUAGAGGCCGUGGAGCACCUGGAGCUCAGCUCACUCCAGGUGGAGGAUGGGGCCAGCAAGAUCCUCGCCGUGCUCAAGGAGAGGUUUCCUGAAAAGGAGGCCCAUGACCAGAUGGGCGAGGCUCUUGGCGAAGUGUUCGGCUUGGCAGCUCGCGAGAACGAGACAGUUCAGCAGUGGACCGCUCGAGUGGCAGAGGUCUUCACGAAGUGUCAUCGGAAAGCCGAUGUCAAGUUUCCAUCCCCUGCUCAGGGAUGGAUUGCUUUGAACUGUGCUGGCUUUAGCGAGGAGCAGAAGGCGAUCAUCAAAGCCAAGGCUCAGGGCAAGUUGGACCUUGAGUCUGUCACCUCGGCGAUGAGAUCCUGCUUCCCCCUCUACAAGGCCGGUUCCAAGGCCAAGCGGCCUACCACAGCGUUCCUCGCAGAGCCUUCCGAGAUCGACGAGACGAUUGAGGCGCCUGAAGACUUCGCAGAUGUGGAGGCAUUCCUUGCAGACCACCAGCUGGGAAGUGACCCAGAUGAAAGCAUCCCAGAGAACGAGGCUGCAGAAGCCCUUGCAGCCACAUGGAAGGAACGUCGUGCUGAAAUAGCCCGCUUCAAGAAAGAUCGCAAGUUUGACUCUGCCCAGCACAGCAAGAAGUCAUUCAGAGUUGAGAUCGAAGAACUCAAGCGAAGGACACGCUGUCGGAAGUGUGGUCGAGUGGGCCACUGGGCCAGAGAGUGUCGCUCUGGAGGUGGAAAGGGCGGCUCCUCGUCUUCAGCAGCCAGCAGGCCGACGGCUUCGUCUACGACUGGCGUAGUGGAGGCGCAGCUGGUCGAGCAGGAGGUGUCCCUGGCGCAGUACGAAGUCGACCCCGCUGAGGAACCCUCCGAUGUGAUGUUCGUUGGAAUGGCUCAGGUCGCCGCUCAGGCAGGAGUGCCUGUUCUGGCGGCGGGACUCGUGUCUUCACCGGGUUUCGGGGUUGUAGACUCCGGCUGUGGACGCACGCUCAUCGGAAAGGACACGCUCCAGCAGCUCGAGGCAAAGAUAGGCAGCAUGAUCGGCAAGACGCUUGAGACCUACCAGGCCACGAGUUCGUUCAGGUUCGGGAAUGGCGCCACGGAGGUUUCAAGCAUGGCCGUGAAGAUACCUGUGGGCAUCGGAGGGGUGCCUGGCAUCAUCGAUGCGGCGGUCAUCCAAGGUCGAGCUCCUCUUCUGUUGGGGCGUCCAACCUUAGAGAAGCUACAGGUCUCCUUGAACUUCGGCAACAAGACGAUGCGGUUCCUGAACGCUCAGGAGGCCGUGCCCAUGAAGGUCAAUGAUGCUGGCCAGCUUCUCAUCGACAUCCUCAGCUACCCCAGCCGCAUGGUUGCUCAUAAGCCUGUUCUUCCCGCUGCGGAUUCAGUAGAGGCAUCUGGGUGUAAGAAUGAUGUGGCUCAGGUUGCAGUGGCGGAGUUGUUCUCGCCCCCUCGCCUGACUGAACAGGCUCGCCAGCAUGGAGCAACGGGGCUGGCGUUUGACAUUAAGCAGGGGUGUGAUUUAGGAUGUAGGAGCACGCAGAAGGAGGUAGACCAGUUGCUUGAAGAGGCCAGACCUGCCUUACUCACAGCAUCUCCCCCAUGCAUUCAUUGUGGUGACUGGGACAGUCUUCACAUGAUCCACAGGACGCCUUUGGAAAGAGCCCGCAUGCUGAUGGUGAGCCGUCAGCAGUUUCGCUUUUGUGCCCAGCAGAUACAGCGCCAACUGGCGCGCGGCGGUCAUUUUCUCCUUGAACAUCCGGAGCGAGGACCUGUCCCGGAUGCCACAGGCAUCAGCACAUCCAGGGCCAUGCAAGUUCGGGGGGUGAUCCCCUGGACUGGACUGCCUUGGAAUGCGAAUGCCUCGCAGGAAGCGCUUUCCAAAGAGCACCUGAGAUCCCGAGACAACACGAAGCGCCUGCAGCAAAUGAGCAACCUGAAGAUCCCCAAGAACAGCAGUCAAAAAAUCCCAUGCGUCAACAUGGUUGACUUCGCCACCUCCCUUCAGGUUAUGGUUCCAUUGCAUCGCACCGAAACUGGUGAAACCACUCGAGACGCUCUUCGCGAUCGGUGGGUGUCGUGGGCCGGCCCUCCUCAGACCCUGUGCUUAGACCCUUCUCAGCCCAACCUUUCACAGGUUUUAGGCGCGUUCUGCAACAACACCGGCAUCGACAUGCGACAUACUGCCGCAGACGCCCACUGGCAACUAGGCAAAGUGGAGCGGCAUGGCCAAUGGUUGUGUCGGGUUUUCCAGCGCGUUCUGGAUGAGAUCCGUCCCCAGUCAGAACCAGAGUGGCGUGAUUGCCUGUCCCAUGCUCAAUCCGCUAAAAACACCCUCCUGACUGAAGCGGGCGCCAGUCCGUACCAGCUUGUUUUCGGGCGCAAUCCGCGCGUUCCCACGGAUCUUAUGCAGGAGGCGCCUCACCUGGGUGCCGUCGAUGCCGAACAGGCAGAACCAGCCACAGUGGCAGAGUUUCCGGAGAGCGAGCUCCUAGGCGUUAAGACACUGCUUGAAAAGGGUCAAUUCCCGAAAAGCCAAUUUGUGGAUGUCACUCAGGAGAGCCGCCCUCCAGAGGCCUCUGAAGAGGCUCAGGCCACGGUUGAUGAGCCGUCACAAGGCCUUGCGGGUCUCAAUGCAGCGCAGUGGCUGGAACAGCACAGGCAGACAGCAGCAGGGACCGAGAGCCCGAAAGCUCCAGAAGUGUCUUGCUCGGCCCCUGCUCUCUUUUGUCAAGAAACUCUGGACAUGGAGCACUUGCAUAGCAGCCAUGUGGAGAUUCUGAUGGCUGCAUUUCUGCAGAAGCGAGCUCAGAAAGAGCUCCCCGCCACCGGAAAUACUCCGGACAUGCAGCGUCGCAUCGACGAGGCAAAACUCGUUGAGCGGGAGACGGUGUCCGGCAAGGCAGCUGUAAGAGUGCACACGGGGGCUAAGGCCAGAGAAAUCAAGGAGAAGUUCGGGCAUAGGUUCAUCGGCAGCCGGUUUGUAGUUACGAACAAGGUUGAUGAAGAGGGAUCUAGAGUAAAGGCGAGAUGGUGCUUGCUUGGACACAACGAUCCCGACUUCCAUCAGAAGAUUGCUUCGGGUGAGUGUCACAGCCCAACGAUGCACCAGUUGUCGCGGAUUCCGGGCGUAGACCCCUCAGCUGUUAUAGAAAUAGUGGGGAACCUCUACGGCGCUAACGAUGCGCCGGCCCAGUGGUACAAGGAGUUUGAUGCUCAGGCGCAGGCCGCAGGGUUCCAGCGUAGCAUCUUCGACCCAUGUUUGUACUACUACCGAGAGCCUCAAAGAGGGCUAACGGGGAUCCUAGGGGCACAUGUGGAUGAUACCAUAACGGGGGGCGAAGGGGAAGCGUACAACCGAGCCAUUCAGAGGCUAAAGGCGAGGUUUCAAUAUCGUAAAUGGAGACAGGGCAGUGGGGAAUUUUGCGGAGUUCAAUACUUCCAAGACCCUGAGUCUAAAGAGAUCACUUAUGAUCAAAAAGCAUACGCGCAGAACAUAAGACCCAUCGCCAUGACAAAGGAUCGACAGAAGCAGCGGAAACAGCUGGCGACUGAACGUGAGAUCACGGCUCUCCGAGCAGUGAACGGUGCCCUCAACUGGCUUGCGUCCCAAACCCGUCCUGAUAUCAGCGUUCAGGCCUCCUUCUCACAGCAGGCGUUCCCCAGUCCUACUGUUGAGCACCUCCUGUCCGCCAAUGAGGCGGUGCACCGAGCCCGUCAGUACAGUGACGUGGCGCUCACUGUUCGUCAUGUGCCCUGGGAAGAUCUCAAUAUAGUUUUCCAUAGUGACGCUGGGUUUGCUAAUGCUUCACAGGGUAAAACCCAAGCCGGGUACAUCCUCGCGUUCACAACUAGUCAGUUGGCCAAAGAUCAGCCCAGUGUGUGGUCACCCUUUUGCUGGAAAUCAUACAAGAUGUCCCGAGUAGUGGCGUCCACGCUUGCUGGUGAGACGCAGAGUUUCGCUACUGCGAGUGGAAUCUCUGAGUGGAUGUCUCUCAUGGUGUCAGAGGCUAAGCACGGGUGUUUCGACCUUAGGGCCUGUGAAGAUCACCUUAGAUGUGUGCCCAUCACAGGGGUGACAGACUGCAAGUCCUUGUUUGAUGCACUCAACACUCCGACAUCGCCAGGCAAGAUUGAAGACAAACGCGUCGCCAUUGACCUGGCAAUCGUUCGCCAGUCCAUGUCUCGUUGUGGUUUGCAGGUCAGGUGGUGUCCCACUCAGCUUAUGAUUGCAGACGGGCUCACCAAGAACCAAGCAGAUCCCGCUGACCUCAUGCGCGCAUUGCUAGCUAACGGGGUUUAUCAGCUGUCUAACGAGGCCGAGGUGUUGGCACAGAAGAAGGCGCAACGAGACAGGCGUGUCCAGAGAAAGCCUUUAGGGAGCACGAACAGCCCGAACUAUGAGCAGAGCCAAACUCCAGGCGCAGUCUUUCGAAAGGUGUACCUAGAUCACGAAGCUACUUCAUAUCAUUCCCCUGAAGAAGAACACAUCGUUCAAGGCAAGGCUGUUCGUCGCACCUCUUUCGACGCACGCAGCGGGAAAGUUCUCGCGUCAGAGGACCUCCAGGAGUCCUUACUGUGCGAAAAGCAGUGGCUAUCCAGCCCUGUGUCCUUGCUUCGAACAGAGAUCUGGUAUGAAAGGGUGGUUCCGGGAUCUAGGGUUUAG